GGGGCGGCAGCAAGGGGGGGCCGCUGUGCGUGCGGCGCGUGCGCGCGGCGUCGGUGUGUAUGUGAGGCUCUGACGGGUUCAAAAUGGCGGCGGCGGCUCCUGUAAGAGGACAAAGGCGCAGGAGAGACCUGGAGGAAGAGGACGAAGACAGCAGUCCUGGCGUGUCCUUUUCGCUCUCUUCAGAGGAGUCGGAGAUGGAGCCUGAGGAAGAGCGGAUCCGUUACAGCCAAAGACUGCGUGGCACGAUGAGGCGGCGUUACGAGGACGAUGGAAUCUCCGACGAUGAAAUUGAAGGGAAGAGGACAUUUGACCUCGAGGAAAAGCUGUCCACCAACAAGUUUAACUCCACCUUCGUGGUCUUCAUGGAAGGCAAAGACUUCACAGUUGAGUACAUCCAGCGGGGUGGCCUGAGGGACCCUCUCAUCUUCAGGAGCUCGGACGGCCUGGGGAUAAAGAUGCCAGAUCCGGACUUCAGCGUGAACGAUGUGCGGCUGUGUGUCGGGAGCCGACGGAUGGUGGAUGUCAUGGAUGUGAACACGCAGCGGGACAUCGAGAUGUCCAUGGCACAGUGGGCACGAUACUACGAAACGCCGGAGGAGGAGAGGGAGAAGCUUUACAACGUCAUCAGCCUGGAGUUCAGCCACACCAAACUGGAGAACCUGGUGCAGAGACCUGCCACGGUGGAUUUGAUUGACUGGGUUGAUAAUAUGUGGCCCAGACACCUGAAGGAGAGUCAGACAGAGUCUACAAAUGCUAUUCUGGAGAUGCAGUAUCCCAAGGUGCAGAAGUACUGUCUGAUGAGUGUCAAGGGCUGCUACACGGAUUUCCAUGUGGACUUUGGUGGCACUUCUGUGUGGUACCACAUCCACCGAGGGGGAAAGAUCUUCUGGCUGAUCCCUCCUACACCCCAGAACCUGGAGCUCUAUGAAAACUGGCUUCUCUCAGGGAAGCAGGGAGACAUUUUUCUUGGGGACAGAGUGUCAGAGUGCCAGCGCAUCGAGCUCAAGCAGGGCUACACCUUUGUCAUCCCCUCAGGUUGGAUCCAUGCUGUGUACACCCCCAUGGACACGCUGGUUUUUGGGGGCAACUUCUUACACAGCUUCAACAUCCCUAUGCAGCUUCGGAUCUACAGCAUCGAAGACCGCACGCGGGUCCCAAAUAAGUUUCGUUACCCCUUCUAUUAUGAGAUGUGUUGGUACGUGCUGGAGCGUUAUGUGUACUGCAUCACCAGCCGCUCGCACCUCACCAAGGACUUCCAGAAGGAAUCGCUCAGUAUGGACAUGGAGCUGAGCUCCUCGGACUCGGUGAACAUGGAAGAGGAGGAGGAGGACGAAGAGGAGGAGGAUGCAGCAGGGAAGGAGCCCAGGCGGCCGGUCACGAGGCGGUCCAUCCUCACCAGCCCCAUCGCCAAUGGUGCCAAUGUGGACUAUGACGAACUGGGCAGGAGCUGCCGGAGCAGCCUGCCGGGUCUGAAGAAGACCCCAUCCAUAGACUCUUCCGAUUCCAGCCGGGGUUCCCAAAACGGCCAGGCCUGGGACCCCACCGGGGGCAGCCCGCGCAAGAACAGGAAGGUGCACCUGACGCAGUUCGAGCUGGAGGGGCUGCGCUGCCUUGUGGACAAGCUGGAGUCGCUCCCUCUGCACAAGAAGUGUGUUCCCACUGGCAUCGAGGAUGAGGAUGCCCUCAUCGCUGACGUCAAGCUGCUGUUGGAAGAAUACGCAAACAGCGACCCCAAACUGGCACUUACAGGCGUCCCCAUCGUCCAGUGGCCCAAGAGAGAUAAGCUGAAGCUCCAGGCCCGGCUGCGGGUGCGCCUGCCCACCAUCCCCAUCACCAAGCCUCACACCAUGAAGCCGACCCCGCGCCCGACACCCGUCAGGCCCACGGUCUCUCCCAUCGUGUCGGGUGCCAGGCGGAGGCGGGUGCGGUGCCGAAAAUGCAAGGCUUGCAUGCAGGGCGAGUGUGGCAUGUGCCACUACUGCAGGGACAUGAAGAAGUUCGGCGGGCCUGGCCGCAUGAAGCAGUCCUGCGUCCUCCGGCAGUGCUUAGCGCCCAGGCUGCCUCACUCGGUCACGUGUGCACUUUGUGGCGAGGUGGAUCAGAAUGAGGACUCACAGGACUUUGAGAAGAAGCUCAUGGAGUGCUGUAUCUGCAACGAGAUCGUUCACCCUGGCUGUCUGCAGAUGGAUGGGGAGGGGCUGCUCAACGACGAGCUCCCCAACUGCUGGGAGUGCCCCAAAUGCUACCAGGGUGACGACACAGAGAAGGGCCAGAAGCGGAAGGUGGAGGAGAGCGACGACGACACGGCGCAAGCCAAGGUGCUGCGGCCCCUGCGGAGCUGCGAGGAGCCCCUGACCCCCCCGCCCAACUCUCCCACCCCGAUGCUGCAGCUGAUCCACGACCCAGCGUCCCCGCGGGGCGUGGUGACGCGCUCGUCCCCCGGCGCCGGCCCCAGCGACCACCACAGCGCCAGCCGGGACGAGCGCUUCAAGCGGCGGCAGCUGCUGCGGCUCCAGGCCACGGAGCGAACCAUGGUGCGGGAGAAGGAGAACAACCCCAGCGGCAAGAAGGAGCUGUCGGAGGUGGAGAAGGCCAAGCUGCACGGCUCCUACCUCACCGUGACGCUCCAGCGCCCCACCAAAGACGUCCACGGCACUUCGAUCGUCCCCAAGCUCCAAGCCAUCACAGCCUCCUCCGCCAACCUGCAGCACUCGCCCCGUGUGGUCGUGCGCCACGCGCCCGCCAGGAUGCCCCUGCGGAGUGGGGGCGAGGAGGAGGCGGCUGCCGAGGAGGAGGAUGAGGAAGAGGAGGAGGAGGACGAGAAUGCGGAGGAGGGGGGAGCGGCCCGGCUGAACGGCCGUGGGGGCCGGGCGCAGGAGGACGAGGAGAGCUGCAUGCAGAGAGAGGUCUGGAUGUCCGUCUUCCGCUACCUCACCCGCAGGGAGCUCUGCGAGUGCAUGCGGGUGUGCAAGACCUGGUACAAGUGGUGCUGUGACAAGAGAUUGUGGACAAAGAUAGACUUGAGCAGGUGCAAGUCCAUCACCCCCCAGGCACUGAGCGGCAUCAUCAAAAGGCAGCCGGUCAGCCUCGACCUCAGCUGGACCAACAUCUCCAAAAAACAGCUUACGUGGCUCGUCAACAGGCUGCCAGGCCUGAAAGACCUCAUCUUAGCGGGCUGUUCCUGGUCUGCGGUCUGUGCUCUCAGUACCUCCAGCUGCCCCCUUCUCAGGACCCUCGAUCUUCGGUGGGCAGUAGGAAUCAAGGACCCUCAGAUCCGGGACUUACUCACGCCUCCAACAGACAAACCCAGUCAGGACAAUCGCAGCAAACUCCGCAACAUGAUCGACUUCCGGCUCGCCGGCCUGGACAUCACCGAUGCCACGCUGCGCUUGAUCAUCCGCCAUAUGCCCCUGCUCUCCCGCCUCGACCUCAGCCACUGCAACCACCUCACGGACCAGUCGGCCAACCUCCUCACCGCCGUGGGCUCCUCCACACGCAACUCCCUCACCGAGCUCAACAUGGCAGGCUGCAAUAAGCUGACAGACCAGGCCUUGCUGUACCUGCGCCGCAUCUCCAACGUCACCCUAAUCGACCUGCGAGGUUGCAAACAGAUCACCCGCAAAGCCUGUGAGCACUUCAUCUCGGACCUGUCCAUCAACAGCCUCUACUGCCUGUCCGAUGAGAAGCUGAUCCAAAAAAUCAGCUAGAGACCCUCCCCGGGGCAGACUGAGGAGAAGGAAAAGAGCCCAUCCCACCCCUCUCGGAGAGCCGCUCCUCCACCUCCCCACCUUGCCCUCCAUGUCCUGCCGCUGCCUCCCACCUGACUCGGCAGGCAGGGCCACUGCUCCACUGUCCUUCCUCCUCCUCCUUCCCCGGGACUUCUGCCGAGGAAGAUGUCCCGCCAGGCUGGCCAGUACCAGAGGAGGAACGGGCACAUGGCAGGGAGCCUCAGCCCGGAGGCUGGCCGCUCCCGGGGCGGAGCUUGUAACAGAGGUCUCUGUGCAGAGAAAUGGGGCACCCUCUUCCCCCAGCUUUUCCCCUUCCUCCCCAUCGUUUCCUUGCCUUGAAACACUUGUCACUUCCCUGGUAGCACAAAGCUUGAGGGUCUCUCCAAGGAAGCGGGAGCAGAGCCGAAACACCCCGUACCCCUCUGUGCCACCACCAGCUCGGCGCUUGCCCUGUGCUCUCACGCCCUUUCUCUUCCCCUCAUCCGGCUGCAGGGACUGUGACACAUCCCCCUCCUUCUCCCGCCGCUCCCACACAUCCGGGCGGCUCUUUGGGUGCCGAGGGCAGGAGCCCCAUGGCUGGGGUGUCACCAGGAGCAGGGGCUUUGAGAGCCCGGGGAGGCGAGGCUGGGGGAUAACUCGCUUCCACUCUGGGACAGCAUCAGCCUUCCCAGAGCACCGUCUGUCCGAGGGGAUGGAGCAGGGGAGAACCCACAGGUACAUCAGAGCUCAGGGAGGACUCGGGAAGCAUCAGCCAGGGGUGAGUGAGCACGUGGGGGGACAGGAGCUGCCUCCUCUUCCUCCCCAGCUCCCGGCACCGUGAAGCACUCUGGGGCCGGAGGGGCGAGGGCUGUUCCAUGGCCUGGGACCGAACUGGCACGGCCACCCCCCUGCAUCGUCCUCUCCUUCCCCCACCCCCCUUUUCGCUGCCAAUUUUCCUUUGCAAUGAUGGUCGGUCCAAAGAACCUCUCUCUAGGGCAGCAGAGAGCUUUUUGCACUUUAAAAAAAAACAACAAAAAAACAACAAAAAAAAACAAAACAA